GUUAGCUUGUUGGAUGGUUGGAAACAAUGGGACCUUUAUUUUGAAGUGUGGUCUCGCGUUUAUUUACCAGGAAAUGGAUUUAUGAAAUAACUGCGCGAAAAGCAAAGAAAUGACAGCACGAGUCAGGAUGGCUGAGAAUGGAGCACAGUUGGUUAGCAGACUUGAAGGAAGACAGUCAUUGAAGGGCAUUGAACCCAAUAUAUUUCCUGUCGACGGUGGUCCAGCUCAAGGUGACGUGGUGGAGUUUCAUGGAAUGGAGGGCUCAGGUAAGACGGAAACCUUGUACCACCUGAUCACCCGCUGUAUCACGCCAGCGCACAGUGGAGGUAUGGAGAUUGGGGUUGUUUUCAUCGACACGGACUACCACUUUGACAUGCUGCGCUUCGUGAGCAUUCUUGAGGGACGUUUGGCUGAAGACUCAAAGACAGACUCUGAAAACGAAGCCGAGGAGACGGUACGUUCAUGUCUCUGCAGGCUGUCUGUUGUGCACUGUAACAGCUCAGUACAGCUUCUCCUAACCCUGCACUAUCUCGAAAACACUUUCUCAAGCCAGCCCGCCCUCGGCCUGCUAGUCAUCGACAGCAUCUCUGCCUUCUACUGGAUAGACCGAUUCAAUGGCGGUGAGAGCACUAGUUGUCAGGAGGCUAACUUAAGAAAGUGUGCCGAGUUGCUGGACAGACUACGCAGAAACUAUGGCAUUGUGAUUUUCGCCACUACUCAUGCCAUAAUGAGGAACUACGGAUCUGAUCUAGGGGUGUCAGAUGUUCCCGGCUCAUCAUCAUCAUCUCGCAGGUGGAGGUCAGCUGAUAGCGCUUCAGACUUUGACAGGCCCUACCUGUGCAGAGCAUGGCAGAGGAUAGUAACUCACAGGAUGCUGUUCACUAAAAGCCAUGCACCAAAGGACCACAAGCAGGUUUUCUCCACAGCAUGUACCAGUAUAAUGACCAAAGGUGUCAAAAAAUGCUCAUUUCGUGUCAUGGAAGAUGGUAUUAAAUUUAUAUGUGACAAGUGAGCAUGUAUUGAAAAAUCAUACACUUAAUUAUGAGGGUUAAAGAAAAUUAUACUUAUUGUGCGUCAGUGUGUUUAAUAGCAAGUGCAAUACUUUUUCACUUCACUCCUGCAAUACAAAUAAAGUAACCAUUGCUGUAGAUUAGGGAUUCUGCUUAAUCUCCAUCCUGGAGGUCUGGUGUCCUGCAGAUUUUAGCUCCAACUCCAAUCAGAAACACCUGGGCUAGCUAAUCAAGCUGUGAAGCUGUGGUCACACUGCACUUUUCUCCCCCAUAGACUUCCAUUCCGGGAAACGCAAGCUUGUGCGACAAGUUUUCACAGUACCCUGCAUUGGAAAGUUCAAGCUUGGUGAAUUCAUUUAUUUUCGUCUUAGUCCCUUUAUUAAUCUGGGGUAAAAAAAAUAUAAAAAAUCGGAUGCCUUUCUAGCUGCAACCCAUCACGGGGAAACAACCACACACACACACAUCCACAAUGGACAAUUUAGCCUACUCAAUUCAGCUGUAGCGCAUGUCUUUGGAUUGUGGGGGAGACCAGAGCACCCAAAGGGAAACCCACGUGAACACGGGUAGAACAUGGAAAAUUCACACAGAAACGGCAACUGACCCAGCAGAGGCUCGAAUCAGCGACCUUCUUGCUGUGUGGCGACAGCGCUACCCACUGCGCCACCGCGUCACCCCCCCUUGGUGAACUGUGACCUGCGAAAUUGCAUCACAUGAUUGCGUGAGACCAAUCGAAGAU